AUGGGUCUUUUAUUGCCAGAUUGUGCUAGGUGUGGAAGAAAGCAUGCGGGUGAAUGUCUAGCGGGUUCCAAUGCUUGUUUUGGUUGUGGUAAGAUGGACCACAAGAUAAGACAUUGUCCUUUAAUUGCUAAGAAUGGAGGAGAUAGUCUUCGUAGGGCUCAACCCUAUCCUUCAUCUGGUCCAAGUGGUUUGGGUACUAGUGCUCCCAAGCAAAAUAGAUUCUAUGCACUUCAGACUCAUGGUGAAAAAGAGGGUUCUCCCGAUGUGGUUACCGGUAUAUUCAAAGUCUUUCAUGAUUAUGAUUUACUUCAUCCCGGUGCUACCUUGUCUUUUGUGAUGCCAUUUGUGACUAUGAGGUUUAAUGUGCUUACAUCAGUGUUAUUAGAUCAUUUUUUCUAUCUCUAUUCCUGUGGGUGA